AUGAGCUCAUGUCGGCUUUGCGCUAUUUCCAUGCACGUGAAUCUUCCGUCUUCUUCUUUCCCGCACAACUGUCUCACCGCCGUCGUCCCCGCCGGGCCGGCGGCGUAUAAAAAUGUCACCUCAUUUCGUCACCGCCGAUUUAAACUCCUCGUAAUCUCUGCAGCCACUUCUUCCCCGUCCAAAGAUGUCUGGCGCAGUAAUCAGUCAAAUCCCUCACCCACACACCAUGUUUACCGCCGGAAGCAGAACGGUGCCGACUAUAUCGACCGGUGCUUCAACAUGGAGGAGCUUUUGUCGUCAAUUGGGCAAACCACCAACGAGCAGGAACUAUACGCUUUAAUGUCGCCUUACAAAGACCGGUCGCUGUCGAUUCGGUUCAUGGUGAGAUUGCUGUCUAAGGAGCCGGAUUGGCAACGGUCGCUUGCGUUGCUCGAUUGGAUUCACGAGGAAGCCCUUUACACUCCCUCGGUGUUCGCGUACAACGUUGUGCUGCGCAAUGUGCUUCGUGCUAAGCAAUGGGAGUUGGCCCACGGUCUGUUUGAUGAAAUGCGUCAGAGAGCUCUGUCUCCAGAUAGGUACACUUACUCUACUCUCAUUACCCAAUUUGGGAAAGAGGGUCUGUUUGAUGAUGCUUUGUCCUGGCUUCAGAAGAUGGAAAAUGAUCGGGUGUCUGGUGAUCUGGUUUUGUAUAGCAACCUGAUUGAAUUAUCACGCAAACUGUGCGAUUAUUCCAAGGCUAUUUCUAUUUUCACGAGGUUGAAGAGGUCCGGAAUUACACCUGAUCUUGUCGCCUAUAAUACAAUGAUUAAUGUGUUCGGGAAAGCUAAGCUUUUCCGGGAAGCUAGGAUGUUAAUUAAAGAGAUGAGAUCGGCUGGAGUUGUUCCAGAUACAGUAAGCUAUUCCACGCUUUUGAACAUGUUUGUGGAGAAUCACAAGUUCGUGGAAGCAAUGUCAGUCUUUUCUGAGAUGAAUGAGGUCAGGUGUCCACUUGACCUUACUACGUGCAACAUUAUGAUUGACGUAUACGGGCAGCUUGAUAUGGCCAAGGAAGCAGAUAGGCUUUUCUGGAGUAUGAGGAAGAUGGGAAUUGAGCAGAAUGUCGUUAGUUACAAUACACUCUUGAAGGUAUACGGAGAGGCUGAGCUUUUUGGGGAAGCCAUACAUUUGUUUAGGCUGAUGCAGAGAAAGGGUAUUGAGCAGAAUGUUGUCACAUAUAACACCAUGAUCAAGAUAUAUGGAAAGACCAUGGAACACGAAAAGGCAAAUAAUCUUAUUCAAGAUAUGAAAAAUAGAGGGAUCGAACCUAAUGCCAUUACUUAUUCAACAAUAAUAUCCAUAUGGGGCAAGGUAGGGAAGUUGGAUCGUGCUGCAAUGCUGUUUCAGAAACUACGAAGCUCUGGUGUUCAAAUAGAUCAGGUGCUUUACCAGACUAUGAUUGUUGCAUAUGAGCAGGCUGGCUUGGUUGCUCAUGCCAAACGCUUGCUACAUGAGCUUAAAUGCCCUGAUAAUAUUCCAAGGGGAACAGCUAUCACUAUUCUGGCUCGCGCUGGUCGAAUAGAAGAGGCAACAUGGGUUUUCCGACAAGCCUUUGAUGCUGGUGAAAUAAAAGAUAUAGCAGUUUUCGAGAGCAUGAUAGAUUUAUUCUCCAGAAAUAGAAAAUACACAAAUGUACUUGAGGUGUUUGCAAAGAUGAGAUUGGCAGGAUACUAUCCAGGUUCUAAUGUUAUUUCUCUAGUGCUGAAUGCUUACGGCAAGCUGCAUGAGUUUGAGAAGGCAGAUUCCUUGUAUAAGGAAAUGCAGGAAGAAGGUUGUGCUUUCUCAGAUGAAGUUCACUUUCAGAUGCUGAGUCUUUAUGGCGGAAGAAAGGAUUUUGAAAUGGUGGAAUCUUUGUUUCGGCAACUGGACUCCAAUCCAAAUAUUAACAAGAAAGAGUUGCAUCUAGUUGUUUCUGGUAUAUAUGAAAGAGCGAAUAGGUUGAAUGAUGCAUCGCGAAUCAUGAACCAGCUAAGUGAGAGAGGUAUUCUAAGGUUAUGA